AUGGAGUUUGGAAGAGUUUGGUCCAGAUAUCAGAGAAUGCUGCUGAUCACCAUGAUGAUGUUCAAACUGGGCCUACUUUGCACAGCAGCAGCAGACAAGUGUUUAUCAUCUCCCUGCAACAACGGUGCGACAUGUCUCGACCACCUGGGGGACUACGUGUGCCUGUGCCCCAAAGGGCCGGUGUGGUACAUGGGCAAAAACUGCGAUGAGCUGUAUGAUGCCUGUAUCGUGGCACCGUGCGCCAACUGUACCAGCAAGCUUGGCACUGACGAGUUCACCUGCCACUGUCCGGACGGCUUCACGGGCCUCAACUGCACCCAGGACGUGGAUGAAUGUCAGAGCAACCCCUGCACAGGCGUCCGCUCCCAUUGCCUCAAUGGAGUCAAUGGCUAUUCCUGCCACUGCCCCCUUGGAUUGGGAGGAGAGGACUGCCAGGAUAAUGUGACCAUUUGUUCAGAGGAAACAUGCCAGAAUGGUGGCACCUGUUUGGACAUCCUUGACACUGGGUACCAAUGCCAGUGUGCUGCCGGAUACCAGGGGAGGAACUGUGAGGAGAACAUUGAUGAAUGCCAGUCUGAGCCUUGUCAGAAUGGAGCCAUCUGUAAAGACGGGGUGAACACCUACCAGUGUUUCUGCGUGCCUGGCUUUCAAGGCUACCACUGUGAUUUGGACAUCAAUGAGUGUGCCUCCCGACCCUGUCAAAACAAUGGCACAUGUGUGGAUGAGGUGGAUCACUACAGGUGUGACUGCACUCCGGGCUUCAAAGGGAUUAACUGCGAGGUGGAGAUCGAUGAGUGUGAGGUGCAUCCCUGCCAGAACGGCGCCACCUGCCAAGACCACGUCGCCACAUACACGUGUGAGUGCGUGGCCGGCUUCCAGGGCCAGGACUGCGAGGUCAACAUUGAUGAAUGUGCCAGCAUGCCCUGUCUGAAUGAGGGCACGUGCAUAGAUGGGGUCAACAGCUAUGAGUGUGACUGCGAGGGGACGGGCUUUGUAGGCGACCACUGUGAAGAGGAUAUUCUGGAAUGUGCCUCUGACCCCUGCCAGCAUGGUGCCACCUGUUUGGAACAGAUCAAGCAGUACAAGUGCCACUGCUGGCCAGGUUAUGAGGGAGAAAACUGCCAGGUGGAUGUAGACGAGUGUGAGCAGCACCCCUGUGAGAAUGGUGGUGAGUGUUUCCAGCGCUCAGAUAUCCUGAACUAUGGGACGCUCCCUGAACUCAGCAAAGGCAGUUUCAGCUAUGAACGGGCCGCUGGCUUCAUCUGCCACUGUCUGCCAGGAUUCACCGGAGACAACUGCUCAGUCAACGUGGACGAGUGUGAGUCUGCUCCGUGUCAGCAUGGAGGAAGCUGUCAGGAUCUGGUGAACGCUUAUCAGUGUGUGUGUCCAGAUGGAUUCACAGGCAUUCAUUGUGAGGUGGACAUUAACGAGUGUGACAGCAAUCCCUGCCAGCAUGGUGCCACGUGCAAAGACGCUGCCAACUCCUAUAGCUGUCACUGCCCUGUGCCAGAGCCUGGCCUGGAGCCCUGGGGUGGGCGACACUGUGACAUCCUUCUGGUCGGCUGCCGACAGCACCAGUGUCAACACGAAGCAGGCUGCGUCCCCGUGCUGACCGACGAUGGAGAGCACAGCUACACCUGCCAGUGUCCGCCCGGCUGGAACGGAGACCGCUGUAACACCUCCACCACCUUCUCCUUCAACUCCGAGGGCUAUGUCCAUAUGCAGCUGCCUGUCUCCCAAAACAGGACGAAGCGAGAGACUAAAGAGCGCAAUCACGGGCUCCACAUGCAGCUGCGAUUCAAGAGCACUUUGCCCGACAUGGUGCUGUACUACCGCGGCACGACAGAGCGCUUUCUCUCCUUGGAGCUAGUCGGAGGCUCCCUUCAGGCCAGGGUGAAGUCAGGGAAGGUACUGCAGGUGAUUUACCCUGGCCCAGUCAAUGACGGAGAAUGGCACCAGGUCACUGUGACCAUGGAUGAGAGACUGGUUCUGGCUGUAAAGGGAUCUGGCUGUGAGGAAGAAUGCCAGGUGAAGAAUGAGGGUUACAACCAUCUCAUCUUCCUCCAGCCCAGCUCCUUUCAGCAGCUUUACGUUGGAGGGGCACCGCAAGAAUAUUUAGCCCAUACAUCCAGUGGAAGGGGGUUCAUUGGCUGCAUGGAAGACCUUGAAGUUGACCAUAAGCUGCUCCUUCCUCAGGACCUCAUCAGAGAGGAGAACCAGGGCUUGGAAAUGGGAUGCAGCAAAAAAAACUGGUGUGAGGAUGAGCCAUGCAUGCAACGUGGUCAGUGUGUGGACAUGUGGGUUCGUGCCAGCUGUAUGUGUCAUCGGCCCUACUAUGGAGAAAGCUGUGCGAAAGAGUAUCCAUCCUGGACCUUUGGCCAUGAGAACACCACCAGCUAUGCCGCCUUCAACAUCUCGGAAACCCACGGAGACAACUUCACCAUUUCCUUUUCAAUGCGCUCCCUCAAACACAAUGGUCUGCUCCUGCAGCUCUGUCGAGAGGAAGCGUCUUACCUGACAGUCUAUCUGAAGGAGGGCACUGUUGCUAUUUACAGCCCUCACACCACGCUGCUCUCUGAGGCCAAGUUUGUCACUGAUGGCAACAAUAAUCUGGUGAUGGUAAAGGUACACUAUGGCCACGUGGUCUUUCCCAAAGCAGGGAAUCAUCGUGCCUUAGGGAAUGUGAGUGUAGAGGCGGGGGAUGUGGCGUAUGUCGGCGGGCUCCCUGCAGGCAAGAGCAUGAACGCCUGGGGUGGAAGCUUCAAGGGCUGCCUGCAGGAUGUUCGGCUAGACCACAAGCACCUGACCACUGAAGACAGUCCAGAGGGUGAGGAAGUUUACCAGGCGAGCACAGAGGAGAACGUCCUACCAGGAUGCCAAAGUGAUGACACAUGCAAGGAUGAGCCCUGUUUCAACGGUGGACAGUGUCAGGUUACCUGGAAUGACUUCAAGUGCGACUGCCCCAUUAAUUACUCAGGGCGGCUGUGCGAGACACGUUUGUGGUGUGUCGACAACCCUUGUUUUGACGGAGUCCGCUGUGUGGACCUACAGGAUGGUUACGAGUGUUUAACUGAAGCCAUUUUUCAGGACAAUGGUCUCCAGUACGUUGCCAACAGCUCACUGCUAGACCCUGUGACCAACAUCACCAUGAACAUCCGGACACGGGACACGAGUGGAAUCUUGUUGCGGGCUGCCAGCAGAGCCGAGGUCUUCUGCCUGGGCCUGCUCAACUCCUCCCUCCUUGUCAAACUGGACAGCGGGGUGAGCGCAGAGCUGCUGGCGUUCACAAGUCACAGGGCCAUUGCAGACGGCGCGUGGCAUCAAAUUCAGCUGACCAUGGUGGAUCCCACGCAGUUAACGUCCCGCUGGCGCCUCACUGUAGAUGGCCAGAGAGUUGGUGACAGCUUCGGCGCCGGCGGCAACCUCAACUUCCUCAAUUACACCAAAAUCUGGCUGGCUGAGAAAUACACUGGAUGUUUAGGGGAGGUGAGAGUGGGUGGAGUCUACCUGCCGCUCAUAAAUGUACCAGACGCCCCUCAGAUUAGCCAUUUCUUCAGACUGGGUGGGCAUGAGCCCAUCAUAGGAUGCCAAGGCACGCAGAUCUGUGAUUCUCAGCCCUGCCUCAACCUGGGUGUAUGUCAGGACCAGUUUAAUGAGUUUAACUGCAGCUGCAGUGCAGGAUGGGAGGGAAAACUGUGUGAGAUGGAGAUAAAUGAGUGUUCCUCCGGUCCCUGUGUCUACGGCACAUGUAAAGACCUGCUGGCAGACUACCAGUGUCACUGUGAGCCUGGAUACACAGGGAAAGACUGUCAGGAAGAGGUGGAUAACUGUCUGGAGUUCAGCUGUGUGAAUGGAGGAACCUGCGUGGAAACAGUGGGAGCACACACAUGUUCAUGUCCUCCUGGCUAUGUUGGCAAGCGCUGCCAGUGGCGUUUCCCUCCGGUGGCGUGCGAUGCAAACACAGAGUGUCUUAACGGAGGGGUUUGUAUCGGAGGAGACUCUGGAGGUAACUGCACCUGCAAGCCGGGAUACACCGGGGAAAGGUGUGAGACAGAGAUAGAUGAGUGCGAGUCCAGCCCUUGUCUCAACGGUGCCACCUGUCUGGACCGACUCAACCACUUCCAGUGUGAGUGUGUGCCGGGCUACAGCGGCACGCUGUGUGAGAGCAACAAAGAGGAGCACAGGGAGCGAGUUCCCUGGCUGGCAGUGACCAUCCCCCUGACAACCCUGUGUGUGUUGCUGGCCAUCCUGGUGGUGUUCUUCCUCAUCAUGACAGCACGGAAGAAGCGUCAGUCAGAGGGCACAUACAGCCCCAGCUCACAGGAGGUGGCUGGUGCCCGGUUGGAGAUGGGCAGUGUCCUCAAAGUGCCCCCAGAGGAGAGGCUGAUCUGA